AUGGACAGAAAGCGUGGAAAAUAUGUAGUCAAUAUUGAACACUCUGAAAACCAGCUUCCAAUCACAUGUUCAGAUGACCAACAGGCUCAUAGUUCUGCAUGCUGGCAUCCACCUUCAAGUGGUACAACUGGUCAUGUCUCGUCCAACCUAACUGGGGUCUAUGUGAGCCCAGCAGCCCUUGCACACUCAAGAAACCCACACACAGAAUUGUCCGGUACAGAGGCAAAAGGAAAUUGGUGUAAUGACUUGUCUCUGUGGAAAGUCUUUUUGGCUUGUCUCUUAGCCUGUGUGAUAACAACAGCAACUGGAGUACUCAUAAUAUGCCUGGUGAACAACAGAGAAAAUGACAGUUCUCCCAUUACUAACCAGCUACCUGCAAACAAUGAGGAGCCUAUACUUAGCAUUCCUGGAAUGACCUCUACUACUUCACAACCUGCAGGGACCACCACGUCAACUGAACCCGUAACUGAAACCACUUCAAGAGAAUCUACAGCCACUGCAACAUCCAUUGAACCUACAGCCACAACAGCCAUCACCAUCGCUUCCACUGAACCCAGAACCUCAACAGCCAUCACUAUCACUUCGACUGAGCCCAGAAUCUCGACAGCUACUGCCAUCACUUCCACUGAGCCUACAACCUCAACAGCCAUCACCAUCGCUUCAACUGAACCCACAACCUCAACAGCCAUCACCAUCGCUUCCACUGAACCCAGAACCUCAACAGCCAUCACAUCACCAUCACUUCAAGUGAGCCUACAACCUUGACAGCCGCCGCCAUCACUUCCACAGAACCUACAACCACAAAAGCCAGUCACCAGUAAAACGAAACCCACAAAUGCAACAGCCCCACUAUCACCUCACCUGAACGUACAAUCACGGAAGCUACAACCACCACUUCAAGUGAAACCACAGCUGACCCCACUUGAACAGAAUCUGUAACUGUUUCAACUUCAAAAACAACAAAUGCUACCAUAACUUAAUCUUAGCGGACAACCAACACAGUUACCACUUCCACCAUCUCUUCAACUGAACCCACAAAUCCUGUCAGCUGACUCGACAACCACUCCC